AUGUCUACAUCCUUUACGGAUCUUCUGCGUGAGCAAAAGGAAGUAGCGGGGUGGAUUCAAAGAUUCUGGGCUAACGUAUGCAAGUUAGGAAAGGACAAGUUGACGGGAGCGGUUUUAGAGCAAAGACAGGGUUUGCUCAACCGGUACUGGGACACGUUCCUUAGCGGGCAUCGUAAAUUGAUGCGAUGCAAGGAGGCGAGUUCUAGUUUAUACGUCAAAGAGGACGCCUUUUCGGUAGCGGAAGAAGCUUACCUCGACGCCGCCUCCAUGAUUUCCCAUCACCUGAAGGAGCUGCAGUCACCUGGACCAUCGCAAAGCCAACCGUCCAAUUCUGCGCCUACGCCCCACCCGCAACUACCAAAAAUCGAAUUGCCGAAAUUUUCGGGUGAUCCGUUACAAUGGGAGAGCUUUCGCGACCUUUUUAAAAGUCUUGUACAUGACGUCAGCCAUUUACCUGAUGUGCAAAAGCUGCUCUAUUUGAAGUAUAGUUUGACAGGUGAGGCCGCCGAGGUCAUUCGCAAUACGCCGACAACAGACUCCGGCUUCAAGGGAGCAUGGGAAGAUCUGGAAGCCCGGUACGGUAACUUUCGUCUGUUAUCGUUUUCACAUCAUCGUGCGCUCCUCUCGUGCCCACCAGCCCUGCAGCAGUCAGCUGGCGAAUUGAAGCGGCUAUUGGACACUUUCCGUCAGGCGAUCAGAGCGUACGUUGCACUAAGGAAACCCGUUACUUCAUGGGAUGAGUGGUUCGUAUACUUACUAAGCCAAAAACUUGAUAAAACUACUCACCUUGCUUGGGAGACCUCUUUGGCGGAUAGCCGGGAAAUCCCGCCGUUUCAGCAAUUAUCGCAGUUCUUGGAAAACCGGAUCCAAGCUCUAGGCACUGCCGGCAUGAAUGACCCAUCGCUCCAUGCUGUGUCACCGGCAAGUUCCAAGGAAGUCAAACCUAAAAUAAAGGGAGGAGCGUCAACCAAAGGCGUUAACUCUACCGUCUUAGCCGCAGCGUCGAAGUCACCCCCGGCCCGGAAAUGUCCGGGGUGUUCGGGCAUCCACGGUCUAGGAUUUUGUUAUAAAUUCAAGGCGCUGUCGCCGGCAAAACGCAAGGAACGCGUGCAACAGCUGAAGGCCUGCUUGAGCUGUUUGAAUGUAGGACACGAAGUGGGUAAGUGUCCGUCUAAACAAGUCUGUUUAGCUUGUAGCAAGCGACAUCAUACGCUGCUUCACGAGGCGCUGACGGCUCCAUCGACAAGCGCACCAGGCCGUGAAGGCGGACAGUCGGCACGAGAAGACGCUGCCUCGACGUCGGACGAAGCAACUCCGCAGGUGACCACCCUCUCUCUAUCGGUCGGAUCAAAAGCCGUGGCCUUACUCGCAACCGCCAAGGUGAGAUUGGAGGCGCCAUCAGGAGAAACCGUAGAGGUCCGAGCCCUUCUGGACACCGGCUCCGAUACCUCCCUCGUCUCAUCGUGGGUCGCUCAGGCGCUACGUCUUCCACGGCGGGCGGUGCGAGUGGCCAUCUCAGGCGUUAAGGAUAAUGAGGUUGGAGUCGCAACCGGAGAGGUAUCCCUUGUGGUUCGACCCCGACACGCUUCGGACUUCCGAUUACCCGUUCGAGCGUUGGUACUCCGUAAACUAACGUCGCUGCUCCCGAGUAAAAGCAUCGUGGCAAAGUCUUGGCCGCAUAUUACCGGUCUCACGCUUGUUGACCCCGAGUACGGAGUUCCGGCUCGGGUAGAUUUACUUUUAGGUGCGGAUGUUUGCGGAACGCUCUUUGGUGACGAUUCGCGCAGAGGGCCAGAGGGUACUCCAACGGCGAAACUCACCCCUUUUGGCUGGGUGCUCAUGGGACCAGCCUCCGACGACAAACCCAAGGCGGAGACGGCCGCCCGGGUUCUACACUGCCACAGCGAGGACUCCACAAGCUCACUCCUCCAGCGUUUUUGGGAGCUGGAAGAAGUUCGAGAACGGGCUCCGAUGACAGAGGAAGGGGAAAAGUGUGAGCGUCACUUCCUCGACACCCAUGCUCGAGAUCCUUCGGGACGCUACGUGGUGCGCCUUCCCUUCGUUAAGGACCCGCUGACUGCGCUGAAGUUCAACAGGACGACGGCGUUGAAACUCCUCUUCAACUGUGAGAGACGCCUAUCCUCGGACGCCAAGCUGAAAGAGCAGUACCGAAAUUUUAUGAUGGAGUACCUGACCUUGCAGCAUAUGCAGCGGGCACCCGAAGGAACGGAGACUGGGCCAGCGUAUUACCUACCGCACCACGCCGUACGCAAGCGCCACGAUCCUUCUGCCAAGAUACGGGUCGUUUUUAAUGCCUCCUUUUGUACAGCCACAGGUCAAGCGCUCAAUGACUGCCUUGCCACUGGUCAGAAGCUCCAGGCUGACCUAUGGAUGCUGGCGAACGACGAGCACAGCCGGUUUCCCCGAGGUGCAUCGGUGGUGCGUCAACAUACCUACGUCGACGAUAUUCUCACCGGGGCGGAUGAUGUCGACGAGACCCUGGCUUUGAAAAGAGAAGUGGUGGCUAUUUUCAAAGCUGGUGGUUUCGAAUUAAGCAAAUGGGCAUCUAACAUACCGGAGAUUCAAGAAACCGACUCUUCUGAUACGCGCCUGUUUCAGGAAUGGUCCGGCAUCAGUACACUAGGCGUGAACUGGAAUCCUAGCGAUGACGCCUUCUCUCUACGAGUCGCAGCUGCUGAGGUGGUGAGGGAGCGUACCACCAAGAGGUCCAUCCUUUCUGAAAUUGCUGGCCUCUUUGACCCGCUGGGCUGGGCGGCGCCGGUCUUAGUGGUGGCCAAGGUUCUAAUGCAGGACCUCUGGAUCCUUGGAGCAGAUUGGGACCAGCAACUACCCGAACACGUCUGCACUACGUGGCAGCGCUUCCGAGGUUCCUUGGCGCGACUGGACGCCCUGAAAAUCCCACGCUGGACGUUUGCUUCAUCAGAGCCCUCCACCCAGAUGGAACUUCAUGGGUUUUGUGACGCCUCGCAGCGAGCUUAUGCGGCGGCGGUGUACCUGCGGGUCAAUAACAAAGGGUCGGUAAGGACCUCGCUUUUGGUCGCAAAAACUAAGGUGGCCCCGGUAAAGGCUAUAACAAUCCCGAAGUUGGAACUGUGUGGAGCCACCUUGUUGUCUAAAUUAUUGGUUCGGGUCAAGGAAGGCCUUAAUAUGUCUGCCCCGAUCAUUGCGUGGACGGAUUCUAGUGUAACUUUACAAUGGAUCCGCGGCCAUGCAUCUCAAUGGAAACCCUUCGUCGCCCAUCGAGUCUCCGAUAUCCAGCACGCGAUACCGGCGGACAACUGGCGGCACAUCCGUUCUCCGGACAAUCCAGCGGACUUGGCAACCCGAGGAAUGAGCCCAGCCGAGCUCAUCGACUCCGAUUUGUGGUGGCACGGGCCGAAAUGGCUGACUGAACGGCCUGAAUUCUGGCCGGCGACCUUUCCGGAGUCCAACGAGGGUAUAGAGGCAGAGAGAAGAGGAGCCAUGACACACGUCGUUGAAGGGAAACCUGAAGAAGACUUCCUGUCGCGCUUCUCCUCCCUCUCGCGCCUUUUAUCUGUUAUUGCUCAGUGUUUCAGGUUUGCCAGUCUAAGCCGAGGGCAGCCUUCCGAGAGGGGUUUUGUUAAAGCAGCGGAGCGCAAUCACGCCUUCCGAGCAGUUUUGAGAUUCUCCCAACACACCACUUUCCUGGAGGAGAUUGAACAACUGCAACGGCAUGGCGAGCUACGCAAGGCUUCACCCCUUUCUUCGUGUCGACCUUUCUUGGACGACCAGGGCUUAUUGAGGCUAGGAGGGCGCUUAGAAAACGCGGCUCUGCCGUUCAAUGAAAAACACCCUUACCUUGUGGCGAAGAGAUGUCCGUUGGCCAAGCUUCUGGUACGAGACGCACAUCACCGCACGCUGCAUGGAGGUCCACAGCUCACCCGCAGUCAUUUAAUGCGGAGAGUCUGGAUCGUUCGAGGCCGCUCCUUGGUUCGAUCCGAAAUCGCAGCCUGCGUAACGUGCGCCCGGUUCAGCGGAAGUAGAGCUGGACAACUGAUGGGACAGCUUCCACAGGAGCGCACUGCAGCACAAAGAGCCUUUUUAACAACCGGCGUAGAUUAUGCGGGCCCGAUUAAGCUACGUACCUCACCGGGGCGUGGCCACAAAGCUUACAAGGGCUACAUUGCCCUCUUCGUGUGCCUAUCUACCAGGGCAAUACAUUUGGAAGCGGUGUCGGACCUAACCUCAGCUUCCUUUCUUGCAGCCUUCCGUCGAUUUGUGGGCAGGCGAGGACGUUGUGCCACCCUGUUUAGCGACAAUGGCACUGUAUUCCAGGGAGCUGACAGAGAGCUACGCAUUAUGUUCCGCCAGUCUACUUCAUUCUACCAGGAGGCAGCCGCGUCACUGGCAUUAGAAGGCACCUGCUGGCAGUUUAUCCCCCCUUAUGCGCCGCAUUUUGGUGGCCUGUAG